AUGUUUCUUGAACGUGCAUCGGUUCUUCUGCUCUACCUUGGAUUAGAAGUUUUUGUGCGAGUCGUCGCUGAACAAGUGGAUAUCCGUGAAGUAGCAGCAGAUAAAGGAACAAACGUGACAAUACCUUGCGGAGCAUUCCUUAAGCAGAACACAUCUAACGUCCAAUGGGUACACAGGGGUAACCGUACUCACCACACAGUUCUGACGGGAGGGGGCAAUGCUAGCCAUCCCAUGGUCCCGCGCGACGCCGCGAGACAAUUGGGAGCGAAGCGGGCCGUUGAUUAUCCAAAUGAAUACCAGUUCGGUUCAGAUCCGUCGAGGCCGCGAGCGCGGGAACGCACCGCCAUCGGACCACAGAUAACGGUA